AUGAGAGAAUUCGGACCCGGGCUUGCCGGCGUCGGGCACGGCUGCGAGAACGGCGAAGAAACCGCUAAGGAAAAGAAGCGAUCUGCGGGCGAUCUGCUGUCGGGGGAGUGUAAGGGCGGGGAGAACGCCACCACCAGUGGUCAAAACCGGCAUGAAGAGUCCGGGGUCGCAGAGGAGCAAGGGGGCGCGGCGAAUGGUGGUGCCAUGGACUGGGGUACAGGGACGCCGGUGUCGGCACGUUUCGCGAGGCUGAAGACAGUAGACCGCGGUUCCGGACAGAUACCGGUCUCAGACGACGAGUGCCCCCACGCAGGGCUGGUGACAACGGCGAGCAUAGUGGUAGGGGCGUCGGACGGGAUCGUGAGAUUUCUGGGCGGACCGAAGAUGCGGCACUGCGGCAGUUUCGUCUCCCUUUCCGAGGACGAUGUUUUGUCCAUCCUCGAGCUGCUCGGUUAUCGCUCGUCGCAGGUUCUCGGGCACGUGAACCACACGAUGGCGGACCUCCGCUCCAGGUUGCGGCGGGAGUGGCGGCUCCACCCGCUCACACCCGGACACCUCGCCAAGAGAACGCUGGAAUUUUUACAAUGGGGCAGGAUCGGUCCUGGAUCCAAGAACAAUGCGGACGCCUGCAUCGUCUUCCGAGGAGGCGUAACGCACGCAGUGAACAACCUUUAUGGGCAGGUUUUUGGGUGGGAAUGGGAGGGUGAGCUGUACCGCCUAUUUCGGGAACGAAGCCUUCUGCGGACCAUUGUGACCCGGCGAGAUCCGAUGACGCUUGGGAUUCAUGGCGCCGAGGUCGUUCGGGAUUGCGUGGUGAGCGAGGGGGAUCUCAAAGAAUUUUUCCUUUCGAAGUGA